UCAAAAAGAUGGGGUAUAGAAGCAACUACACUAUCACAUUUAUAACCAUCGUGGCGGCUCUAUGGAGCGUUACAUCAGCACAGCUGAGCCGGUCAUGCGUGAGCACAUUGACUACCCUCGCUCCAUGUCUCAGCUACAUCACCAGAAACUCAACCACUCCCUCGCAGAGUUGCUGCUCUCAGCUUGACUCUGUCAUCAAAUCUUCGCCGCAGUGCAUUUGCUCCGCCGUCAACAGUCUGAUCCCCAACAUCGGCCUUAACAUUAACCGCACACAGGCUUUGCAGCUCCCCAAUGCCUGCAACAUUCAGACGCCUCCCCUCACUCAAUGCAACGAGGCCACUGGUCCAACAGCACUGCCUUCUGCACCUUCACCGGCGGAGAGGACCCCAGCCCCAGGUGUGACACUAACCCCAACCUCAUUGCCAGGUGCUCGUUCAGGUACCUACUCCUCUUUUCACUAAAACCAAGCAAGAUUCAAUUUUUAGUUUAU